AUGGAUCUUCAAAAAACUCUAGAGUGUGAUUUCUCAACCAGUACAACGGCAGAAAAAACAGCAAGUCGUGUCAUUCUCUUAGACGCAUUAAAGCAAUAUUUCAAUUAUGGGAUCCGUAUUAGAUGUGAUUUUUGGCUUGAUCGUCUUGAACCGGUUAUUUGGAAACUAGUCGCCACUUAUCGCGGAGAAAUCGACGAAGAAUUCUGGAGCAAACAUGACAACCAAUGGUGUAACGGAUGGGAGAGUUUCGAUACUCAGCUAGAUCUAGAUUUGAAUUUUUCUGCUGGGUUUUUAGGUGCCAGACAGGAACUUGUUGGAAGUGGAGACGAUGCUGAAGUUUAG